UUUUAGAAUGGCACCUUGAGGUUGACAAGCAGAUCCAUCACCAGAAGAAAAUAAAAUAAAAUUUACUUAAAGUAUUUAAAACUUUUUUUUGCUAGCUAAUAUUUACAAACUCUUCAACUCCAUAAAACCCUCCAACUAGAGAUUUCACUCCUCUUCCUCAUGUAAACUCUCUCUUUCUCUCUUAUUUUUUCUCUCUUUCUUCUAUGAAUUUUUAUUUUCCCUUUUUUAUUUUAAAAUUUUAAUUUCUGUAACUUCUCCGUCAAAGAGAGGGUGAAGAUAAAUAAAAAAAUCUAGGGGAACAAGUCAAAACCCUUAACGAUGAUGCAGCAGGGUGAUAGUACAACCACAUCCGCCGCAACAGAAGCGGUGCCGCUACAACAUAAUGAGUCAGCCGCUACAGAAGCUGCGGCAGCAACAUCAGCAGCGGUUGGAGCUUUUGAGGUGUCGGAGGAGAUGAGUGACCGUGGUUUUGGAGGAAACAGGUGGCCGCGGCAGGAAACGCUUGCGUUACUGAAAAUACGAUCUGACAUGGGAAUAGCGUUUCGAGACGCAACCGUUAAAGGACCCUUAUGGGAAGAGGUUUCCAGGAAAAUGGGGGAGCUUGGUUACAUAAGAAACGCAAAGAAAUGUAAAGAGAAAUUUGAAAACGUUUACAAAUACCACAAAAGAACCAAAGAAGGCCGUACCGAAAAAUCCGAAGGCAAAACUUAUCGCUUCUUCGAUCAGUUAGAAGCUCUCGAGACUCACUCAACCUCGUCUUCACACCACCAUCAACCGCAAUCGCAACCUCACAAUAACAGCUCCAUGUUCUCCACUCCUCCUCCGGUAACAACUGUUAUACCGCCGACAACAAACAUCACUCCUUCGUUUCCAAACAUCUCUGGAGACUUUCUGUCGGAUAACUCAACAUCGUCUUCUUAUUCGACUUCUUCUGACGUUGAGGUUGGCGACACGAAGACAACAACCACGAGGAGGAAGAAGAGGAAGAGGAAAUGGAAGGAGUUUUUCGAGCGGUUAAUGAAACAGGUUGUUGGUAAGCAAGAGGAGCUUCAACGCAAGUUCUUGGAAACUGUUGAAAAGCGUGAGCACGAGAGGAUGGUUAGAGAAGAAUCUUGGAGAGUUCAAGAAAUUGCUCGAAUAAACCGCGAGCACGAGAUUUUAGCUCAAGAACGCUCCAUGUCCGCGGCUAAAGACGCUGCGGUCACGGCGUUUCUUCAGAAGUUUUCAGAAAAACCGAACCCUCAAUGCCAAUCAAUCGCACAACCGCAAAUGGAGGUUAUCCACAACAACCAGCAGGCGACACAGCAGCAAACGCCACCUCCUCGCCCUCCUCAGCCGUUAUCGGCCUUAGACACUAUGAAAACGGACAAUGGUGAUCAGAACAUGACUCCAGUGUCGGCAGGAGCCUUGAGCUCUUCGCGGUGGCCAAAAGUGGAGAUAGAGGCAUUGAUAAAGCUGAGGACGAAUCUUGAUUCAAAAUAUGAAGAGAACGGACCUAAAGGACCGUUAUGGGAAGAUAUAUCUGCAGGGAUGAGAAGGUUAGGAUUCAACAGGAACUCAAAGAGAUGCAAAGAAAAAUGGGAAAACAUCAAUAAAUACUACAAGAAAGUCAAGGAGAGCAACAAGAAACGCCCUGAAGAUUCCAAGACUUGUCCUUACUUUCACCAGCUUGAUGCUUUAUAUAGAGAGAGGAACAAAUUCCACACCAACAACAACGUAGCAUCUUCUUCUUCAACAUCCGGUUUAGUCAAACCGGAUAAUUCUGUUCCUUUGAUGGUCCAACCGGAGCAACAAUGGCCUCCAGUUACGGCAACUACGGUUGGUGCAACGGUUAAACCCGAUCAACAUCCUCCACAGCCGUUGGAUCAGAACUUUGAUGAUGAAGAAGGUACAGACCAAGAAGAAUAUGAUGAUGAGGAAGACGAUGAAGAGAAUCAAGAAGAGGAAGGAGGUGAGUUUGAGCUUGUACCGAGCAAUAACAAAGACUAGUAAUCUUUGUAAGUUUUGAUACAGAAGAAGAGAAUUUAAAUAUUGGAAGGGGGUGUUUUUUAUCUUUGGUUUUUAUAUACUGAGGAAAAAUUAAUAUUUUGAAAAUAUUAAAUAAAUGUGAUAUUAAUUGUUUUGGGGAUAAUAAAUAAAUUAAAAGUGUUAAUCGAUAGGGACAAUGUGUGGGUUUUUAAGCAAGUGAUAAAAACUGUAACUAGUAGUGUUAGACUAUGUCCAACGGUGGAUUUCACCCGGUCCAUAAGAGAAAUCCUUAAGCAUAAUUGUAAUUAAAUACUAUUAUUAGCGUUAAAUCGACGAAGGAUUGGUCCGUCGCAGCGGACUUAAGGAUUCAAUCCUUAGCCACGUGUCACGUGGUGAGUGGGUGGAAUUUGUCUUUGGUUUGUGUAGGGUCGAAAAAAAAAAACAUUCUCGAGCCAAACCGAAAAAAAAAACUCCUCCUCGACAUAAGGCGAUUUCGAGACGAUUCUGCUCGAUCUCUCUUCCUCGGCUCGUGUAAGAUAAACGAUCAUGGGACGAUACAGUUACAGCCAGCCUUCUUCAUCCUCACACUCUCCAGACUUAACCUCCCUCCUUGAAGCCGAAUGUGAGAUGUACGCGGCUGAAGCUGAGAUUACUCGGUGGAAUGCAGAAGCCAGUGACUGGGAACCAUCAGCAGAGGGUGAUGAUGGCAUCCCAAGGACAUGCUACUGUGGUUCAGAGCCAGUUCACGGAUACUCCCAAACGCCAAAAGAUCCAUACCGACGUUACAUAACGUGCCCCAAUGCCGAUGAUAGAGACUGCCACGUCUGGAAAUGGUGGGACGUGGCGGUGGAGGAGGAGCUGAGAGAAUUUCAGAGGGAGCUUAAUGCGGUUAAGGGUGAAGCGAAUCAACGUGAGCAGAAGUUACUCCGUCUUGAGAAGCAAGUUUCCGAGUUCACAAAGAAGAAAUCAGGAGCUAAGCUAAUGGUCUUCAGCUUAGUGUUAGGGUUGGUGUUGCUUAUUGUGCUAGGAAUACUUGGAAAGGAUUCAAAGGAUUGGGGCGUACGUGCUUUGUUUCUUUAACGAGGUUCGCAUGUGGGAAGGCGUCACGGGUCUUUAUCUGAUGGAGUAGGAAUCACGGGUGAUGGAGUAGGAUUCACGGGUGAUGGAGGAGGAAUCACGGGUGUAGUUGUAUGAGUCACGGGUCACUCUCUCUAGCAUAUGUAUUAUAAGUAGUAGUUGUAGUCUUUGUAGUGUAGUAUAAACUUGUUUCCUCUUGAGAGUCAAGUUCAUGUUUUCAGAGAGUUUCUAAAGUACUCUCAUUGUUUUCCUCGGAUCAUAUGUAACAUUUCCUCGGAUCAUAUGUAAGCUUCUCUUUGUAUCAAAACUUAUGUAACAUUAUCUUCUUCUUUGUAUCAAAACUUAUGUAACAUUAUCUUCUUCUUUGCUUA